CCCCCAUGAUUCCGCACGCAUGCAUUCUGGUGCCAGGAAAUCGGGGAACUUGUGGGAGGAACGCAGAAGUCAUAAUCGUGUCCGAACCGCCAUACAGACGUUGUGCUGCUGUAGUCCUUAUUGAAAGUGAAAGUCAUAAGCAGAGUGAAUGCAAAUGCCGCUUCUGUCGAAAAUUUGGUGUGGCGUAGUUGAAGGUGGCAUAAGCCAAAAAUGCUUUGCCAGCACAUCAGCAGCCGCAAAAGAUUUCCGAAAUAUUUUAAGAAAACAAUUAGAUGACAUUCGACAGGCGGGAACCUUCAAAAAUGAACGGAUAAUAACGUCUCCGCAAAAAACAUCUAUUACAGUUGCCGGGGGAGAGACACGUCUUUUGAACUUUUGCGCUAAUAAUUACUUGGGACUGUCGAGUAAUGAAGGAAUUGUUGCAUACAGUAAAUCCAUUCUGGAUAAAUAUGGAGCGGGGUUGAGCUCUGUUCGGUUCAUUUGUGGAACUCAGGAUAUUCACAAGGAACUUGAACAAAAAAUUUCAAAAUUCCAUGGGCGAGAAGACACCAUUCUAUACGCAUCAUGCUUUGAUGCCAACGCUGGGAUAUUCGAAGCUAUUCUGACUCCGGACGAUGCUGUUCUUUCCGAUGAACUGAACCAUGCAUCCAUUAUCGAUGGAAUUCGAUUGUGCAAGGCGAAGAAGUUCCGCUACAAGCAUCGUGAUAUGAAUGAUCUGGAGAAUCUACUCAAAUCCUGUGAUGCCCGCAUUAAACUAAUUGCUACUGAUGGAGUGUUUUCGAUGGACGGCAAUAUUGCACCCCUUCGCAAGAUUUGUGACUUGGCAGACAAAUACAACGCUUUGGUAUUCAUAGAUGAGUGCCAUGCCACUGGAUUCUUCGGAAGCACAGGACGUGGUACUGAAGAAUUCCAAGGAAUCCAAGGACGUGUCCAUAUCAUCAAUUCAACUUUAGGUAAAGCUCUAGGUGGUGCAUCUGGAGGCUACACCACCGGUCCAAAAGAACUAGUUGAUCUAUUGCGACAAAAAUCACGACCUUAUCUCUUCUCGAACUCACUUCCUCCACCGGUUGUCGCCACUGGUAUCAAAGUAAUGGACAUGCUCUUGCAUUCCGAUCAACUCUCUAAAAAAGUUCAAAGCAAUACAAAACGAUUUCGCGAUGGAAUGACUAAGGCAGGUUUCACGAUAGCAGGAGAGGAUCAUCCCAUUUGCCCAGUGAUGUUGGGUGAUGCAAGGCUAGCCAGUACUUUUGCUGAUAAAAUGUUGGAAAGAGGAAUUUACGUGAUCGGCUUCAGUUACCCUGUUGUUCCUAAGGGCAAAGCCCGUAUCCGAGUACAGAUCUCUGCUGCUCAUGCACCACAAGAGAUUGAUCACUGUAUUGCGGCAUUUAUAGAAGUUGGAAAGGAGUUGAAAGUCAUUUAAAUCUUUGUUUAUAAAGAAAUAAAAAUAACUAUGUAUAUUUGAUAAAUAGACAGCAUUUAUUACUUUU